AAAACAAAAGAACCCUGACUAAGGUUUGGACUUCAGAACAAUGUUUUGGUGUUGUUUCAUUAAUCAUAGCAGUACAUGAUAACGGUGGAAGUCAGUAGAAUAGGGAAAACCGCAUACAGAGUACAUGAGAACACUCAAUAUCUUCACAAUUGUUGUGCAGUGUUCAGAAAAAUUAAAAUGUCCAGAAAACUUCUAAAAGUUAAGAUUACUCUUAAAAAAAUAACACCUUGGGGUUGGGGGAUUUAGCUCAGUGGCAGAGCACUUGCCUAGCAAGCACAAGGCCCUGAGUUUGGUCCUCAGCUCUGGGGGAAUAUAGCACCUUACAAUAUGUCCCUCUCUAAGGCAUCAGUCUUAAAGACAGGAAGUACAAGUCAGUGAUUCUGAAUCUUUAGCAUCCAGGGGCCUUGAUGAAAGACAGUCAGCUGGGGUUCCACCUGCAGACCUUCUGUUUCGGAGGAUUUCCAGCAAGGCUAAAUGUAUUUCUAAGUUCCCAGGUACUGCUGCUGCUAUAGGACCAUCCUUUUGAGAACCACAGGCUUCAAACUCAGGAUGUGAAACUAGGUGUGGCAUCACCCUGUCACUCAGUAUGGCAGCAGACUUGAAAUCUCCAGCACUCCACAGGCUGAGGCAAGAGGAUUUUGAGUUUGAGGCCCCUGUAGGCUACACACCCCGCAAGGUUGUCUCACAAACAACAAAUUAUGACUCAGAUCUGGCCCCCCAGGGCUCCUAGGAACUUCCAGACUAGGGCAGCAGGGAAAUUAACAACCGCUGAGAACAAUACGUGUAUGUUUGAGGAACAAAGCAGGGUGAGGCUGAACAUGGACAAUUUGGAAAAGCCAUCAGAAGAUGCUCCAGGGCAUCCUGACUCGGACACCACGGACACCACGGAAGAGAGGGCAGGGACCUCCAGGAAGUGAGAAGAAUUCUGUCAACUCCCGACUUUCCAGUAAAUUUAACUGAACACAAGCCCAACACUUCCUUUGGAGUGUGUCCCACAGAUAUCGCUCUCAUUUUACAAGGGGUUUCUGAGAAGAUAAGUAACUUGCCCACCGUCAAUCAGAUAGUAGGAAGGAAGACACAAAUCGGAACUCAGGUAAGCAGGGGAGCUGAGUGUUACUCAGGUGAGCCCUCUGCUUCUUCCCGCCACCCAGAUGGCAUCCCUAAGCCCCUGCCUUCUUUCUCCAGGCCGUCUCUCUCCGCUCUUUUCCAGUUUCUUUCCCGCGGGUUCUUUCAUGAUUAACCACACGCAUGAAGCAAGGACAAGAGACAAGUUUGUAAUCUAAGCCUCGCUGGAGACGGGAUGGAAAUCCUUGUCUUGACCUGCCCGGCUUCCCCUAGGUCACCGUGAGGAUCAAGAGCUUAAUAAGAUCAAGCUUCGUUCCCUGGCUGGCCUUCAAGUCUCUCUCCCUCGGCCCCCACAGCUAGCCACACCCUAGUACUAGACACUACAAACAUUUUAUUCGGCCGUAGGGGAUGGGUGCUGUCCAGCAGGUGUGCCCCGUCUCCCCGGAGGGCGGGACCGCUGUUUCCGGGCUGUCCUGGCAUCCGAACAGCGCUGGGCGUGGCUGCGGUCAGGCAACCCCAAACCCAGAUGACCUGGGCUAGAGGACGACCGCAGGGAGCCGGCCAUCCGCAGGAGGAGCUGCCCAACCCUCUGCUCUCAGCCUCUGCUCGGGAACCCACGGCCCACCCCAACCCCCGGACAGUGAUAAAACCUCCGCGCCUCGGGCACCCGGCGGAGACCAGCAGCAGGCCUGGGAGCCGGGGCGACGAGAGUUAACCCAACCUGCUCCAUCCGAGGCCGAGGGCCGGGCCGCUGCGAGCACCUCCCAUUGGCCGCCGAGCCGGCUCGGCGCUCAUUGGCGGGGGCGCUCGGCUGCGGCUCUCGGAGAGUCCCCAUUGGCGCUGCGUUCCACGGACUGUAGCGAGGCGGCCCGGCCUCCGCAAGCUACCCCGGGUAAAAGGUGCUCCAGCUCUGUAGCUACCUUGCCGCGCUCAUGCUUAGCCAGAAUCUGAACUUCCUAGGCGACCCUCCUCUUGCUUGUCGCCACGCCCCCUCCGGGUCUUCCCUCUGAUCCUUUUCUUCUUGUUGCUUUUCUGUUUCCUGCUUCUCCAGCUACCAUUCCCCAACUCCGCGUUUUCCUAAAAUACUCCCUGGUCCCCCUAGCCUGUCAUCCCGGGCAUCUGCCACCUUCUAACUUCUCCUCCUCCUUGACCUCAGAUCCCUUGGUCAACAGGGCCUUCUCGCCAGACUCUCCUACACUCCUCUUUGCCACCUUCUGACCCCCAAAUUCCCUCUAACCUUAAUUUACUUCUUGACGUUUCCCUGACACUUCAGCUCUCUAAAUUUCUACCUGUUGCAGCCUGGACUGCAAAGAGCCAGGUGUCGCCCUGAUAUCCAUCCCUGCUUUCCAAGGCCAUUUGCUACCCCUACCAUGGACUUCUUGUUGAGUGGUCUGGCAGCCUGCGGGGCCUGUGUGUUCACCAAUCCCCUGGAGGUUGUAAAGACCAGAAUGCAAUUGCAAGGAGAACUGAAGGCCCCAGGAACCUACCAGCGCCACUACCGAAACGUCUUCCAUGCCUUCUUCACCAUUGGCAAGGUGGAUGGCCUGGCUGCCUUGCAGAAGGGCCUGGCCCCUGCGCUAUUGUACCAGUUCCUGAUGAAUGGCAUCCGACUGGGCACCUACGGGCUGGCGGAGGCUAGGGGAUACCUGCACACUAAUGAAGGUGUCCUCAGUCCUGUCCGAAGCGCUGCAGCUGGGGCCCUAGCUGGGGUCAUAGGAGCCUAUCUGGGAAGCCCAAUCUACAUGGUGAAGACACACCUCCAGGCACAGGCAGCCUCUGAAAUCGCUGUAGGGCACCAGUAUAAGCAUGAGGGCAUGUUUCAUGCACUAACCAAGAUUGGCCAGAAACAUGGUCUAGUGGGGUUGUGGCGAGGGGCCGUGGGAGGCCUGCCCAGAGUUGUCAUCGGCUCUUCUACCCAGCUGUGCACCUUCUCAUCCACCAAGGACCUCUUGAUUCAGUGGGAGAUCUUUCCUCCCCAGAGCUGGAAGGUGGCUCUGGCGGCUGCCAUGGUGAGUGGCAUCGCAGUAGUCACGGCCAUGACACCCUUUGAUGUGGCCAGCACAAGGCUCUAUAACCAACCCACCGAUACUCAUGGCAAGGGCCUCAUGUACCGGGGGAUCUUCGACGCUCUGCUGCAGACAGCUCGGAAAGAGGGCGUUUUUGGCAUGUACAAGGGUAUAGGUGCCUCCUACUUUCGCCUUGGCCCCCACACUAUCCUCUCUCUCUUCUUCUGGGAUCAGCUGCGCGUCUUCUACAACACAUACACUAAAUGAGUCACUCUCCUGUACUCCAAAUCAACACUCCACUACUUACUAUCUCAGUGAUGAUUUACUGACCCAUUGACUUCUCAUCCACCUCAGGGGGACAGCCAUGACCACUCCUCUCUUCUCUUAGGGUUGAAUCACUAAUCUGAUUCUGAGCAGUAAUUUAUGUCCUUCCCUUGGAUAUUGCUUUAAAUUUCCCAAGUCCCCCUGUAUACUUCACACCCAUCUCAGGGUUGAAUCAGAUACCCCAAAGUAUAUUUCUACUGCCAUUCUUGGGUCCCUCCUGCUCCUGUGCACAGCUUUAAAGUCCCCCUUCCAAGACCAGGGGGAGACCCAGGUGUCCUCUUAAAUUCAAAGCCACAGAAACUGUGUUGUUUAUAAAGCAAGUUUAUUUCUGCA